AUGUAUAGACAAAUACCUUUAUCUGUUGCGUUCAGUAGUGAAAACCCUGACGUCAAAAUAAAGGGGAACAGAGUAACGUUUAAGUUUCCAACAGACUGGAUUGUGAACAUAAAUGAAGAGAAGUACAUUGGCAUAACAUCUAUGUAUAUAACACGUGCUUUCAGAAAGGUUGACUUUAUACUUCAAGUCGAGAUAGAAAAUGACGAACAGUCUUUAAGCGCCCAAAACAUUCACAUAUACAAAUACUUUAAAGACGAUACAACAUUGUUGCAAUGUAUGAUUUCAUUUAAUGAGAUGUUCGAGAAAAAGUUCAACAUUGAAGUACAAACUUUACAGCCUUUACGUGAGUUUCUUGCACAACUGAAAGAAGAAGGUAGUCAGCCACAACUUAUAGACUUUCAUUAUGAAUUUAAUGAAAAUGAAGAUGGAACACAUGACUGUCAGUUUGUUAUAUAUUCACCAUUCAAUGAAGUCGCUAAAAAGAAAGAAAAUCCAUUACGUAUAAGAUUUCAAAUCUCCGAACCAAGUGAUGAUUUUAAGAAUGUUUUCAAUUAUGAUGCAAUGCUUCCGAGGAAAAAUGAA